AUGACCUCUGCCCGCAGCAUGGACCUCCGUCUACAGGCAAACCCUCAGCUCCACUACGGGGUCAACGGGGGCCCGGCCGAAACGCCAGACCAGGUGGCAGCACUGUUUGAAGCAGGACAGGUAGCCAUAGAGGAGGAUGACACGCUGCAGUUUCUGAGCCGGGAGGAGCAGGAGUGCCUCAAAUUCUUCGAGAAGACCAUCGACUCCUUAGAGGAUGGUCUGGAGGAUAACGAUGCAAGGAGGCAAAGGCAGUUAAAGCCCCCUUUGGUUGAUGAACCCCCAGUCCCAAGUCCAAUGGUGUCCACCCUCCUGGCCAGACCCCCCAGCCACAAAGACCACGAUAUAAUCGACCUAGUUCGUUCCGAUCCAGACUUGCUGCAGACCAGAGAGCCAAUCUUCAGUCCUACUAAUCCAGAUUUCCAUAGUAUGGUGCAGGCCCCCGAAAGCCACUUCGAGAUAAAGCCAAGGCGUGAUCCAAUGGACAGCUUGCCAUCAGAGUACAACCCUCCCUUACCCAGCGGCAGCUAUGGGUCGACAGACCACUCGUCCUACCACCCUCCAGGCUCUGUCCCCACCCCGGUUCUGAUUGCCCAGAAGAUUGCAGAGAACCAAGCGGGAGGAAACGCAAACAUAAGCCCGUCCUCGCUCCUCCGACGUUGCAGCUUAGAGUUGGAAAAACCAGCGAGCAACAUCAUUGAUCCCGCUGUCAGACAGGGUCCUCCUACCUCUACAAAGCCUUCCCGCUUUCCUGCUAACAUCAAUCUGGUUCAUGGGAGCAAGGAGCACCAGAGCCAGUCACUACCUAAUGUCAGCAUCAACGAGAGACGGGCACAGAUGCUAGCGAAUCUAACAGGAACCGCACACCCUCUGUUGCCGGAAGAUACCCAGCAUGCAUUAGAGCCGAAGGCUAGAAAUACCCCUUCGCGCAGCAUUUCCUUCAAGGACCCCGAACCGGACAAAUCCCGGUUGGAGGCCCUGUCUAAGCUGGGCCUGAAUAGAAACAGAGCCAUGUCUGGGGGUAUGUCGCUCCUUGUCAACCCUGACAGCGCCUCCCUACAUUCUCCCACAGAUGUAGUAGACGCAAGUGCCAAACCUGUGGAGGCCAGCGUACCCCAAACAAUGGAAUCCAGUCACAAAUUGCCAGAAGCCUAUGUGUCAACAUCACAUCACAGCCAGAUUCACGCUGACAGGAAACCAGAGAUUUUGCGGACAGAUUCUGUAGGGAGCAAUGAACGGUUCCCCUCACCUCCACCAGCGAUAGAAAGCAACUACUAUCCACCUCCUUUGGAAAUCAAGGAGCCUAGUUCCCCGGAGAUAGCCAUAACUUCACCAGAGUUUAACAGAUAUGGUGGGAAGUCUAUCGUGAUCAAACCCUCUGUGUCCUCCAGGAGUGAACCCACUGCGAUCUCGUCAACCAGUCCUGAACCCAAAACCCUCCCGCCUGCACUGGCUCAUCCCUCCGAGUUCAACGACUACGGCGGGAAGACUAAAGUCAUGAAUCCCGUAGCCAUGACCCGGAGCGACCUUCCCGACAUCCUCAGCUCCCACAUCAACAAGAGUCAAAGCUUGCCGGCCAAAGUAGAGCCGACUGAGCUCAACAGUUAUGGAGGGAAGAGUCGAGUCAUCAACCCGUCCACGGGGAUCAACCGCCCUUCGGUCAGCCCAGCAAGGAGUUUCAAAGCUCCUGCCCCGACCCCAGCCCCAAAACCUCCUCGGAACUCCUACCACGGCGCUGUUACCCCGAAAGCAGCGCCAAGAGGGGUGUCGCCCGAAAAGCGGAGAUCCAGCUCUAUGUUUCGACCCCAAAGCAUCACUGUGAAGUUUUCUGGAAAGGGGGCCACGGAUGAAUCGCGGAGGGAUGCAUUGAGGAAACUGGGACUACUGAAAGACUCAUGAGAAUCUCUGGGAAUUUAUUUUUCAGUCUCGAUUUGUUGAGCCUGAAUGUGUACCUGCUGGUGGAGGUGGUAUACUAGACGUUUCUUUAUUUAUGCCUGACUGUGUGGACUGUGUCAGAGAACUACUUUUACAGAGGAAUGGACUUGCACAGCCAGUUUUCUCUUCCUGGACAUUAAAAAAAACGGACAAACAAGUCGGACACAUCGACACUGUUUUGGAGGAAAAAGUAGAUUACCUGCUUUGUGUUGCUUACAAUCCAAGACACUUUAUACCUCUGUGAAGAUGUAUAGAACGGAACUAACACUGUUAAGAGGAGCUUCAUAUUUGGUACUUUGGGAGCCACGUUACAUGUGGUCUCACCUUGAUUGUUUAUAGUGAGACUUUUUAAACUGAACACUACUUUUUGUUAACAUCUCAAGGAAAAGGGUUGAAGUUUUUUUUUUUAUUGUCAACAAAUCUAAUGAGAAGACAUUCACCUUACAAAACUUUUGGACAAUCAUGCACUGUCUGCAGCAUAGAGAGGAGCUGUAGUUUUGAUCAAACGUUACUCAAGUGCAUUUAUUGGGGACUAAUUUGAGCAGACACAUUUAUAAUUCUACAAAGUGUUCCCUUCAUUGGGAUCCUUUUAUGUUGUCAUUGAGUAAAAGUACACUACACGACAAUGGAACUAAGAUGAGCUUUGACUUUGGAUAUCAUUUGGAAAGAGUGCCAAAGUUAGAGAUUUCACCGAUUUUUAGAUGGAUUUUUGGAUUCUGUUUUUACGUCAUAAUUUAGGUUGAAGAAAUGGGCAGCUUUACUUGCACCAAAGAACCACCAGGGCCUUAAAACAUGUAUAUAUUAAUAUAUAUAUAUAUAUACAGUUAAUUUGUUGUUUAUUUUAUUUAUUGCACAUUUGUCUGGUUCUACACCAAAGCACAAUAGAAAUCGUUUUGAAAAUGCCCCGAGGAGGCUCCUUAAAUUAAAUUUAAUUUUGAGAUUUUAUCUUGUGGCCCUUUUUAAAAAAUAUAUAAAUUUGUGCUUAAGAUACUCACAACGUAAUUUAAAAAUAGGAAUUUUACAGGCUCCUUGAAAUGUAUCAAAGGAAAUAUAUGGCUACUGGAUCAACACCGGGGGGGUUUGUGGGGGCCCAAAGCACAGUUUGGCCCCAGGGCCCCCUUAACAGGCUGAUCCAGCCCUGUUGUCAAAGUUUAUUGGAAAUAUAUAUCCGCAAUUAAGAUACCUUUGAUUGCAUUUAUACAAAACUUGGAGAAGAAUUUAGAUAAAAUCCAAUUAAGGGAUCAAUCAUACAGUAUCAGGAGGGCAAAACGGAUCAGAAGAAAACUCAGACAAGAUGUGCAAACCUAUUAUUUUUGUAUCAAGUUUACAAUGUAUUUUUAUGUUUACUGUGUCACUUUUCUUCUAGCAGCUGUCAGAAGGUGAAAUUCAUGUUCAAACACAGGCUGUGAAGUCUUUCUACAUCCCAUCACAUGGGAAUCUUUUAUUGUUUCACCGGUUUGUUUACCGACUUCGGGCAUUUUACUCAGUGGUGUGUUUUUUUUUCUGUAAGCACUUAUGGAGCAAGAACAAAGUGAAAGUACUUUUCUCUCCAGCAGUUAUAUGACUUAUGAAACUACCAAAACUUUAUUGUAAUGAGCAAAAGAUGUUUGUUUUUUUGUGGCAAAUGUUGUACAUACAGUACAGUGAGCAAAAGAGGAUCAAAGACUUCCAAAGUCACCCUCGUUACAUCUAAUAUCUCCAUCGUUUCCAUUAGUGCUGUCCUGGAAUAACUCUGCUGCAGAUGUUACGCUGAAAAGAGCCUGGGGUUUUCUUGAAAAACGAACAUCUGAGCCGAAAGAUAUUUUUACUCCACGAACAAACCUCCCACACCAAACCACAGACUGUGUGGAAUGGGGAUUGUGGGCAGGGACUCUUACUUAUUAUUAUUUUUUAUUCUGCAGACUUCAAACCUGCUCUUUAGGGAUGGGCGAGCACAUGGCAUUGUAGAAAACACAAGCACUAAAAACCACAGAGUCUACAAAAAUACAUCCUGGGGGUACUUUGUGAGUUUUUUUUAUCCCUGUCGAUGACAUCGCUGUUUGUGUGUUGUUUAAAUGUUGUAGAAACAUUAGUGUGUCCGUCUGUAUGUUUGUUAACCACGGUUUAUCCAGACUCCGGCCCUCUGUAGUUCACCUACAGUAACUUUUGAAGUAUGUUUUAUUUCCCGCAGGAAGAGAUCCUUCUCCUGUGUGAAUUUUUUUGUUUACAGACUCCGGUUCUCUGUAGUUCAGCUACAGUCGUUUUGAAGUAUCUAAUGGUGCAUAAGUACAGAGUAUAACAUCGCUCUGUACAACACAGCUUUCUUUAGAGGACAUGUCUCUGCAAAGAGGAUCAA